AUGCCGGAUGAGCAAGAAGCCGACGCCGGCUCUACCAUGCCUUUUUCUCGUGUCCAAAGAUUCGACGGUGGCUUGAUUGCCAACGCAACUUCACAUUUGGGCUUAGCACGACUCCAUGGCCGAUGUAACCCUGUUCACGACCUUCUCUUUUCUCUCUUGUGCCCUGCAGGCAAACUGCAGGAGCUGCAGGAACGGGGGCUCCGUGCGAUGCAUGCCAAUAUGUGCCAACGCCGAUUUGUUCGGCCUACCUGUAAUAUUGCGGAAGAAGCAAACAGUGUGCAGAUUCAAUAUUUUCCGGUACCUUACUUCCGCUCGAUAGUUGUUGGUGUAGUCAUUCAACUCUGCUCCUUCACCCGCACAGACAACAAGAUUUCGACAUUUCCAGAUGACAGACUGAAUCGGAAAGAGGAAAUUCGGUCUCACGGACUGUGGCAGAAUACCGAGCGUGAAGAGCAACACUAUGGCGGCAAUCAGUUGACUGGUUUCCAUUCAUCCAACUUGACGGACGACAGAUGUCUAGUUUCAAAAAGAACCAAUAAAUCUGCCCAAGGAACAUCCAAAACAAUGGCGCCGUAA